AUGUACAAGGGUGGUUUAGAUUUUCGCAUUGGCCGAUUGAAUUUUCAGAAUUUCAUCAGGAGUAGAAUGCUAGAAGAUUCUGUUGUGAGGACAUUAGCAGUCGAGCUGUUGAUUCUAUUGUACUUGAUUUCCAUAUCGUCAGCUGAAAAUGGAUUCCCUCGAUGUAACUGUGAUGAGGAGGGAUUUUGGAGCGUCGAUAGCAUUCUCGAAUGCCAAAAACUAAUGCUUGCUCUCACUAUUUUCAAAUUCCUCACUGCUCUUGUUUCAUUCGCCACUGCUAUUACUCUCAUCACCCUCAUUCCUUUGCUGCUCAAAGUCAAAGUGAGGGAAUUUAUGUUGAAGAAAAAGACUUGGGAUCUUGGUCGAGAGGUUGGAAUUAUAAAGAAGCAGAAAGAAGCUGGCUGGCAUGUUCGGAUGCUGACUCAAGAAAUCCGCAAAUCACUUGAUCGGCAUACAAUAUUGUAUACAACUUUGGUUGAACUAUCACAGACAUUGGAUUUACAUAAUUGUGCUGUCUGGAUGCCCAAUGAGGAUAAAAUCGAAAUGAAACUGACUCAUGAAUUGAAAGAAAGGAACUUCUCAACUUUUUAUAGGACACCUAUCCCAAUCAACGACCCUGAUGUACAAGAGAUAAAGAAGAGUGAUGGAGUCAAGAUACUUGACCCCAAGUCAGCCCUUGCUGUUGCAAGCAGUGGUGGAACUGCUGAACCAGGAGCUGUGGCUGCAAUUAGGAUGCCAAUGCUUAGGGUUUGUAAUUUCAAAGGUGGGACUCCUGAAAUUGUUCGGGCAUGUUACACCAUUCUUGUUUUGGUUCUUCCUGAUGGACAGGGUAGAUCUUGGAGUAACCAGGAACUUGAGAUAGUAAAGGUAGUUGCUGAUCAGGUAGCUGUGGCUCUUUCUCAUGCUGCUGUUCUUGAAGAAUCUCAGCUUAUGAGAGAGAAAUUAGUCGAACAAAAUCGAGCACUGCAACAAGCAAAACAGGAUGCAUUGAUGGCGAGUCAAGCACGGAGUUCAUUUCAGAUGGUAAUGAGCAACGGAUUGAGAAAGCCAAUGCACUCCAUUCUAGGUCUGUUAUCCAUUCUGCAGGACGAGGAGAAUUUAAGUGAUGAGCAGCUGCUUCUAGUCGAUGCUAUUGUUAAGACGAGCAAUGUCGUGUCAACCCUAAUAAAUGAUGUAAUGGAUUCUUCGACAAAGGAUAACCAAAGGUUCCCUUUGGAGAUGAGUUCUUUUCAGCUACAUCGUAUGGUAAAACAAGCUGCUUGCCUUGCUAAGUGCCUUUGCGUUUACAGGGGUUAUAAUUUUGUCAUUGAGGUUGAUAAAUCUUUGCCUAACCAUGUCGAGGGUGAUGAGAGAAGAGUAUUUCAGGUUAUUUUGCAUAUGGUUGGAAAUCUAUUGAAUGGAAGCAAAGAAGGGGGCUGUCUUACAUUACGAGUGUAUUUAGCCAGUCAAAGUCAGGGAUGGAAUGAUCAAAGAUGGGGUCACUGGGGAUCAAACUCGUCCAAUGGAUAUGCUUUUAUCAAGCUUGAAGUUGGUAUUUGCCAUACUGGUUCUCCUGCUGAGAGUUUGCUUCCUGCAAAUCUGUAUGGUAGUCAGAGGUACUCUGGUGGAAUUGGGGAAGGCUUGAGCUUCAGCAUGUGCAGAAAACUGGUUCAGUUAAUGCAAGGAGACAUCUGGGUGAUACCAAAUCCAGAGGGUUUUGAUCAAAGCAUGGCACUUGUUCUGAGGUUUCAAAUUCGAUCAUCCAUUGUAACUGGCAUUUCAGAACAUGGGGGAUCUUCAGAUCAUGCACAUUCAAACUCUCUUUUAAGUGGCCUCAAAGUUAUGUUAGCUGAUGGUGAUGACAUGAACCGAGCUGUGACGCGCAAGUUGCUUGAGAAGCUAGGAUGCAUCGUCUCUGCCGUGUCAUCUGGAUAUGGAUGCCUCAGCGCUCUUGGACCUGCAGUAACUAAAUAUCAAAUUGUUCUUUUGGAUCUUCAAAUGCCUGAUUUGGAUGGCUUUGAAGUAACCAUGAAAAUUCGGAAGUUUCGAAGCCACAGCUGGCCAUUGAUCAUUGCCUUAACUGCAAGUGAUGAUGAAGAUACGAGAGAAAGGUGCAUACAAAUAGGAAUGAAUGGCAUUAUUCAAAAACCAGGUUCCUUACGGGGGAUUGCUGGUGAGAUUAAAAGAGUCCUUCUGCAGGCAAAUAAAAUUUUGUCAUGA